AUGAAUACGUUUGAGUGGGAGCACAACAAAGACGAGAGACAAAAAACCCCCCAGGCGGAUUUCUCACGGGGCUUCACUGGUUGCAUCAACCAGGUCGCAUGUGCAGCACUUGGCGAGGUUCGGGUCCCGCAGCCAAGCUCGAUUGGAGCUCAGCUAUUGGCCCCGAAGUGGAUGUCGCGGCGCGUACCAGGCUUGCCAGGCAACCAGGUACUCGUGCAUGACAUUGUUAUUGCAUCAGUCAAUUGCCUGCCUGAAAUUAAGGACAUGUCAAGGAAUAUGCAAAAAUCGGGGACAAAAUAUUUGUUUUUCUUUUUCAAGAUCGGGAGCAUCACUUACAGAAAAGUAGACAAUACAGGCAAGCGGUCAAACCUUACUCGUACACAAAGCUCUCUUUUCGUUGGUCAAAAGCAAAACAAGAAAAAGAAGAAGAAGAAAAAUGCAGUAGGGGGCGUUUCCCGCACCUGGGGGUCGGGUUAGGGCCAGGUUGGGGGGAAAAAAAUUAGAAAGAAUUGGGAAGAAGUCGAAAAGGCGAACAGGUAGGUAGGCAGGCAGGCAAACAAAAAAAGGCAACAGCAGCAGCUAAGGCCAGAUGGAUUAUCGCACCCAAGGCAUCAUCGCAUCCCAAGGCAGUUUACAGCGAUUUA